AGAUAUUCCCGCGUUAAGUAAAAGCUUUUCGGGCACUCAACGGCGGCUCCUCCUCCCCAUUUUAUCCCCUCUGACUUCAUCUCUCAUCGACUCAUCGUCAACUGCAGGAGAGAGAAACCCCUAAAUCACUGAAUCUGGAAUUUUGAGAUCUCAAUCAGAGAAUUUUAAAUCAGUUAAUUCUUCAACAUGAGUUUUCUCUUCGGAAAGCGGAAAACUCCUGCAGAACUUCUGCGAGAGAAUAAGAGAAUGUUGGAUAAGUCCAUACGAGAAAUCGAAAGAGAGAGACAGGGCUUACAAACACAAGAGAAGAAAUUGAUUGCCGAAAUCAAGAAAAGUGCCAAGCAAGGACAAAUGGGAGCUGUGAAAAUCAUGGCAAAAGAUCUGAUAAGAACGCGGCAUCAAAUUGAGAAAUUUUACAAGCUUAAAUCCCAACUUCAGGGUGUUUCCUUGAGGAUUCAGACAUUAAAAUCUACACAAGCCAUGGGAGAAGCGAUGAAAGGAGUUACAAAGGCCAUGGGCCAGAUGAAUAGGCAGAUGAAUCUGCCGUCACUUCAGAAAAUAAUGCAAGAGUUUGAAAGGCAAAACGAGAAGAUGGAGCUCACUAGCGAAGUCAUGGCAGAUGCUAUUGAUGAUGCUUUGGAGGGUGAUGAAGAGGAGGAAGAAACAGAUGAUCUUGUUAACCAGGUUCUUGAUGAAAUUGGUAUCGAUGUCAACCAAGAGCUUGUAAAUGCACCAUCAUCUGCCGUAGCUGCACCUGCAGCUAAAAACAAGGUUCCACAGGCUGAAGCAACUGCCAAUGAUGAAGGUGGGAUUGAUGAUGACUUGCAGGCAAGGUUGGAUAACCUGAGAAGAAUGUAGUUUUAUCUGUCACAUUAGUUCAUACUUUGAACGAGAGAGCAAAAAUUAUUGAUGUCUAUUUUGUGCAGUAAUUUCUGUUUAACAUAUGAGGGGUGCCACUUGACUUGAUUUUGUUUGUGUACAUAAUAAAGAUUAAGGAUGAUUUACAAAGAAGUUGCAUUUACCUGGUUGGUGGGGAAAGGAUGGUGAAUAGAUGAUGUUUAUAAGGUUAAGGCUGCUCUUCUUUCACCUUAUAGAACUAUGCUGCGUAUGUGAUAUUCUGUUACUUCUUUAGUUCUUCCCUUGACGGUAUAGAAUGUUGAUUUUUUUAUGGAUCCCUUUUUCUUUUUCUUCUA